CCUCUACGUGGAAAUACAUACUGUUAUUCGCCCGUCAUGUCUCUCACCGUAAUCUCGCUACCUGACGGAGGCGUUAAACUGGCCACUCUUUUUGGAAUUGUACUGUGCUUUUUAACUGCCUUGUUUCAUUGUCGCACGAGUCGAGCAGUCAAAUAUUUCCCUGGUCCUAAGCCAUGGCCGCUUGUUGGCAAUUUACCUUAUUUCUCAAAGGUCUUGAAGAACAUGCCGGUAGAGAUUCCUUUGUUGGCCAAACGAUUCGGAGGGAUUUGUAUGCUUUGGAUGGGCUCUCUACCAACGCUGGUGAUCAAUAACCUCAGAGAUGCAGAUGAACUGCUAUACAAGAAUGGGGCAUUAACGUCUAAUAGACCGAAGAAGAACAUCUUUAUGGAGCGCGUAAUGCCACAUUAUAUCGGCACUUCGGAAAUUGGUGAUGAAUUACGCUUCUUUCGACGCAUAUACACGGAUCUCCUGGCUUUCAAACAGUCACAGCGUGUUAAAAAGUACCAAAAUUACGAGUCUAUAUCUAUGCUGAAUGCUUUAUGCGAAGAUCCUGAUUCGUUUGAGUCGCAUUUAACACGAGGAGGGAUGAGCGUUAUCUUCUCAGCUGUAUAUGGCGUCCGUCUCAGCCGUCUCGACCACCCGAUCCUGCUCGAACUAUUCGCCAUUUGGGGAAAGAUGUUAAGAUACAUGCAACCUGGAAGCCUCAUAAUAGACUAUUUGCCCUUCUUGGAGAUGUUGCCGCUGCGGUUCCAGCCAUGGGUACACCUCGCAGACUCACUUGCCUCACGCCAACAUGCAAUCCACAUGACGUUUCUCAAGAUGCUGAGGAAGCAAAUUGGAGCCGGAGUAGAGCCUGUAUGUUUUGGCGCAGACAUGUUGGAGCGCCAAAAGCAGCAGGGAUUCGACGACAAAGUUGCCAUUGGCAUUCUAUCCGGGAUGAUACUUCUCGGGGGUGAGUCAACCGCCAGCAUGAUGAAUUCUUUCAUCAAAGUCAUGGCUAUGUAUCCUGAGGCUCAGAAGAAAGCUCAACAGGAACUUGACAAAGUUAUCGGACCUUCUCGUCUCCCAACUUGGCAAGACCAAGAAAAUCUCCCCUACGUCAGAGCUCUCAUCAAAGAAUUGCACAGAUACAGCCCCAUUCUCAGUUUCGGUGCCCCGCAUGCCUCUACAGAAGAGAUCACAUACAAGGGAUGCACGAUUCCAGAUGCCACCUUGAUCCUCCCUAGUACGGAUAAUCUUCACCAUGAUCCAUUGAGAUAUGAUAAUGCCGAUAAGUUCCAGCCAGAGCGCUUCUUAGGGGAUGAACUGGAUGCUUUUGCUAGCGCUAAACACCCUGAUUAUCUCAAACGCGACCACAUCAAUUAUGGCUUUGGCCGUCGUCUCUGCCAGGGCAUAUAUGUGGCAGAAAACUCGCUCUUUAUUCAAGUAUCUCGUUAUCUAUGGGCGUUUAACAUUACUCCUAGGGCUGGUGAACCUCCGCUGAGCAUGGCUGAUAUAAUGGAGACGAUGAAUAGAAAACCCAAGCCAUUCAAAGUGGACAUCACGCCGCGAUCAGAUGCGGUAUUGCAGGUGGUACGACAGAGUGCAGAAGAGGCAUGUACGGAUAUUCCAGACGUAGAUGAUAUUGAUAUUGAUAUGAUCGAUUAAGUGCUCUCCGUGUAUAAUAAAAGAAGAUAUUAGCAGCACACAUCUUGAUCCUAGUCAUCAUUGGGCG